AACUUUCUGGCUACGUAGGCAUUAGCGACCGUUGGUGUAGCAACUUAGCCUGGCGCUAAGUCCUGUGCUUAGCCCCAAUCAUAGGUUCACCCCAACCACCACGUUCUUCCUGCCCAUUGUUCCACAAUUCCCUUAUAAAAUGCAAGGGAGUAAUGCUCCUAGAGCAAGACCAAGCCGUGCAGCCGCUUGCAGCAGCUCGGUUUGUCGACCGGCUGUAUCCAUCCCUUUCCCUCCCAUCUCGAGUUGCAUCGGCAGCACCAACCACAAUGCUGCUGGCUCGGCUUAUCCCGUCAGCUACGUCAGCGCCAACACGCCUAACACCACCACCACCAGCAACACCAACGCCACCACCUACCGCUGCUGCGGCCUUCCUAACCGCCACCAAAGCCACCGAGCAGCACCUCACAGGGCGCUACCACCCUCCGGCGACCACCCCCUCGACACCGACGGCUCCCCACCCAAAGUCCCCCGCAUCGCCCAGCCCAGCACCGCGCUGCUGCUCGCCUGGUUGGCGGCGGGCGGCGGCUCGCUGCUGGCCGCGCAGUGCCUGGUGGAGGCGCUGCUGCGGCUGCACCGGGAGG